AUGGCAGAACAGUUUUCAUCCGCAUCAAGUGAUUGCUCAUCAAGUACACCACGAAAUUCACCAAUCAGUUUUGUUAUGAAGUGGACAGCAAAGUAUAAUGUCGAACUGUGCAAAGCCGUUGUUUUGUCAAGACUUUUUGAAACAAGAAAAAAAUCCCUUGAAAGAGGAAAGGUGUGGGAAGCCGUUGCUAAGAAAAAAAAUAAUGCAGACAAAGAAGCAGCAGAGGAGAUAAGGAGAAGGGCUAUGGAAAAUCUAUCCGAAACCAGGAAGCGAAAUGAAAGCGAGCAAGGUGGUGCUAGAAAAAAAGUUAGGAAAGGAGGAUAUUCUACUUUAGAGUUUCUAAGAGAAAAGUGGGAGAAAGAAAGAAAAUUAAGAGAGGAAAGCUUAAAAUUGGAAAGAGAGAAAAUAGAAAUGCAAAGGCUGCAAAUACAGAAUGAGAAAGAAAGUCAACAGCAAUUCAUGGAGAAACAAAAUCAGUUGCUGCAAAACAUGAUUGAAUUGCAAAGGCAACAAAACCAGCAAAUUCAAGCAAAUCAAAUGCUACUGGUUCAACAACAGCAACAACUAUCACAAGCCCUAGUAGCUCUUUUAUCAAAAAUUGCUGACAAAUGA